AUGUUCUAAGAAGUCAGACCUGUAGAAAAUACUAAUUACGAUAGAAGGGUACGUGAAAAUCAGAAAAAUGAAUUCAAGAAAAUAUUGGAAGAAGAUUAAAUUUCCUCCUAGAUUGCAGAAUAAUUAGCUACAACUCUUGAAUAAGAAGCUUACACACUUUCUGGAGGUGAUAAUACAAGAGACUAUAGAACUAGAGUUAAUACUGUAAAAAUGCGUUUAAAGGGAACUAAAGGUGUAUUUCUUAUACUAUUCUAGGAUAAUUGAUUAGAACUGCCUUAGUUGAAAAAAUUAUGACACCCAAAGAAUUGAUGUCAUUAGAUAUGUCAAAGUUAAGUGAGGAUAGUGUAUAAGCAUUCUUAUAAAAAGAAUAAAGAGGACUUCCUCAACCAUAGACUAAUAUUAAAAAAAAUGUUCCUUAGAGAGGACCUCCAACAAGGCCUCCUGCUGCAGGUAUACCGCCAGUCAAAAAUUAAGUUGUAGCACCUUAAAUUCCAUAAUCAAAUACUUAAAAUUAAUAGCAAAUUGUUAAUUAAUAAUAAAUAUCAGAAUAAUCUAAGCAUGAAAAUUAAAAUAUUUAAACAUAAGCAGAACAUUAGUCACUAAAUUAAGAGUAAGAAAUUAAUCUUCAAAAUUAAACUAAAGUUGAGAAUCCUUAAAUUACAAAAUAAGUUUCAAAAUAAUAAAUUCCUCCGCCAGUUAAAUCUUAAUAAAUAGCUCCUGCUUAACUUUCUAAUAACUAAAUUAGAACAGUUGAUCUAUCUUAAUAAUAACAAUAAUAACAAUAAUAAUAAUAAUAAUAAUAAUAAUAAUAAUAAUAAUAAUAAUAAUAAUAAUAAUAAUAAUAAUAAUAAUAAUAAUAAUAAUAAUAAUAAUAACAUUUACUAUAAUCUCAUAAAGAUUCUGAUAUAAUACCAAAAUAAUAAAAUAUAGAAUCCUAAAAAAUUGAGAAUGUAUCCAAUCAAAUUGCGUAAAAAUAAUAAAAUAAUUAAAUUAAUUAUUAAUAGGUUGAAAAUGAAAAUUUAGAUGAGGAAGAUUUAACUAAUUUUGAUUCCUUAAAAUAAAAUCAAGAGAAAUUAAAUCAAUUAGCUGAACAAUUAAGAUCCGAAGAAUCAGGAGAAUCAAAUUUAGAAAAUCAAGAAUAUUCUAAUUCAAAUAAAAAUUGUGAUUUUUCUUAAACAGAAAAUUAAGUUGAAGAAACUGUAUUUUAACUUUAAAAUAAUAUUAUAAAAGAAAACAAUUAAGAUUCUUCAGAUCAUCUGCAAUAUACUGAACAAUAAAAAUAAAAAAAUAAUGAAAAUAUACAGUAGGAUUAAUAAAAUGAUGAUUUUCAACAGGAAACUUUAAAAAAUUAAACACAUAAUUCUGAAGAACAAAAACAGUAAAAAUUUAUUGAAUAAUAAAUUUCAUCAUAAAAUCAUUCCAUUGAAUAAAAGCAAGAAGUUCCUCAUUAAUAAUUACAAGAAGAAAAAAGUAUAAUUCAAUAAAAUAAUGAAGAUUAAUAAAUGAAAUAAUAAAAUAUUAAAGUUCAAUCAAAUUAGCAUUAAUAAUAAUAAUAAUAAUAAUAAUAGGAUGCAUUUAAUUUUUAAAAUGAAUAAAUAUUGAAAUAAUAAGAGGAGUAAAUUGAAAGUCUAGGAAUUACAACUUAAACACCAAAAUUCACAAUUUAAUUAUAAUAGUAAUAAACUGUAUAAAUUGAUGUUACUUUAUUUGAAUAAAUGAUAAAAUAAAGAGAUAUUUAUUAUGAAAAUCAGAUAUCUUAAUUGGUUAAUUAGAAUAAAGACCUGUAGAAUUCAAUUGCUAAAUUUCAAUAGGAUCACUUUAAAUCAAUUUAGGAUUUAUAAUAAAAGAAUAUAAAUUUUUAGACUUAGAUUCAAUAACUUCAAAAUGAAAAUUAACUUUUGAAAACUUCUUUAUAAAAUUAAGAAUAAAAUUCGUUAAAAUAGCUUAAUUAGCUCAAAGAAUAAAUUUAAAGUGAAAGAAAAUAGUUUUAAAAGCUUUAAGAAAUUUAAUAAGUUGAAAAAUAAAAUGAAAGACAUUUUAUUGAAAAAUUGCAUUCAAAUACAUAGUAAAGAAAAGAUGUUAUUCAUAAAUAUCGCUUAUAGUAAACUCAAUCUAACUUGGAUGACUAAAUAACAAUUUUAUAAGGAUUAUUAUCAAAAUUGUAGCCACCUCAAUUACCUAGGGUUUAGUAAUUUUAAUAACCUAUGUAAAUUUAAGCCAAUACUUAAUAAACCGUUAUCUAAACUAUAGUUGCUGAAGCUCCUGUUACACAUUAGCAUCAUGUUUAAUAGUAAAAUCAAUAAUAUUGGGCUAAUGAAGAUGAUGUAAAUUUACAAGGUUAGAUUGUAAAUGCUGAUUCAGGAUCAACAUAAUUGAAAACUGGAAAUAAUUAAAUAUAAGUUCAAGAUGUGUAAGAUGAUUAGGGUGCUUAAGAUGAAUAAUAAUAAUUCGAAUAAUAGGAUUAGUAAGAUUAAGAAGAUUAGUAAGUUUAGGAAGUUUAGGAAGAUUAGGAAGAUGAAUAAUGUAAUAAAAUUAGUAAUUAUAAUGAAGAAAUGAUUUAAGAAUAAUAAUAAUAAACAGAUAAUUAGCUUUACUUUUAAUAAUAGCAAAUUACUACUUAGCAAUAAUAUUAACAUUAAUAAUUUCAAAACUAAUCUCAGUAACACUAGUAAUAACAAUAAGCAUUUUUAAUAGAUCCAUAAUCAGUGUAAAAUUCAUCAUAAUAGCAUUUGUAAGAUUAAUUCUAAAAUAUUGAAAUACAUUAAAAAGAUCAAAAAAUUUAACAUGAUAAGUAAAAUAAUGAUCAAUUGCAUAUGAAUGAAUAAAAUUAAGAAAUUAAUAUUAUAAAAAAUGAGAUUCAAGAAAAUACUUAUUAUCCUCCUCCACCAAAAAAAUAAAAUCUUUAAAAAUAAGAAAAUAAAGCUACCUUUGUUCAUCCAAGAUUGGCACACAAAUAAGAAAAUCAUAAUUUAUAAUAGAAUUAAUAGUAAAAUCUUUAAUAAAAUAAUCCUUUUUUUGAUUAUUAGGGAGCAGAAGAAUACUUUCAAACUAGUAAUUAAACGAAUUUCUAGUAAUUUUUUGAAAAGUAAGCUGAAAUCCCAAAAUAACCAGCUACAUAAUAGAGAACAAAAUAAACAAAUAGAAGAGCAAAUGUACCUGGAUCAUUAUUUGAUUGAUU